AUGGAAAAUUCUACAAAAGGACGUUUUUCCGUUUAUAAAAAAAAUAAAAGUAAUGAGAAUAAGUUGAGCUAUAAAUUUGACGACUUACGAUUCAGUAAAAGUGAAGAUAAAAAAAUCAAUAAAAAAAAUGUAAGCGAACAAAACAAAUGUAUAGAGAGUACAGCCUACAAUAAAAGUACGGCUAAAACAAAAGAUGAGGGUAGCUGUAGUUACUUUUCAAAUUCUGUAAAUAAUAUAGAAAAGAGUUACAUGACAGAUAAAAAAUAUAACAACAGUAGUAGCAGCAUUAGCAGCAAUAUUAGCACCAAUGCUAGUAGCAGUAUUAGCGGUAAUAUUGGAAGUAAUAACAGCAGUAUUAGCGGUAAUAUUGGAAGCAAUAACAGCAGCAUUAGCGGUAAUAGCAGCAAUAACAGCAGCAUUAGCGGUAAUAGCAGCAAUAACAUCAUCAAUAACAACAUCCGUAGCGGUAACAGCCGCAGCAAUAGCAACAGCGUUGAAGGAUUCGUAACAGUUACACCUUCUGAUAAUUAUAUAGAGAAUCAUAAGAAUAGGAUGUUAGAAAAAAUUGUAGAAUUAAAGAAGGGUAAUCUUUUUGGGAAUAAGGGUAAUAAAAAUGAAGAGAAGAAUAACAGUAAUGAUGAUAUGAAAGAUGUAAAUAAAAACUAUCAAGCAUACAAAAGUAAAUUUAACAAAAAUAAAAAGAACAUUGUAAAGGAACAAAGUGGUAGCAACAUAUUAAAAGAUUUAAAAAUUAGAAAAAGUAAUAUUUUAGAGCUAAAUAAACUGUUAAAGGAAAAUUUGAAAAUUGAAGAAAAUUUUAAAAAAAAAAUUAAGAAGGGAGGAGAUACGAGAGAAGAGGAAUACGAAGGUGAAGGGGAAGAAAAAGAGAAUGCGAAAGAGAAAGAGAACGAAAAGGUAGAAAAUUUUAAAUACCAAAAAAAUGCAACAAGUACAAAAAGUGGAGUAGAGAAAGCUGAAGAAAAGGAAGGAGGAAACGAACAUCCGCAAAAAGAGCUACACGGAAAUGAAGAUGCAGUGAAGAAAAAUAAAAGGACCAACCAUGGUAAAGGUAGCAAUGUUAGUAGUUACAACAACAGUGAUCGUAACAACAAUAAUGGUGAUAACCACAACGACCAUAACGACAACGAUCAUAACGACAACGAUCAUAACAACAAUGAUAAUAACGAUCAUAACAACGAUCAUAACAACAAUGAUAAUAACGAUCAUAACAACGAUCAUAACAACAAUGAUAAUAACGAUCAUAACAACAAUGAUAAUAACGAUCAUAACAACGAUCAUAACAACAAUGAUAAUAACGAUCAUAACAACAAUGAUAAUAACGAUCAUAACAACAACGAUCAUAACGAUCAUAACAACAACGAUCAUAACGAUCAUAACAACAACGAUCAUAACGACAAUGAACAUAACGACAGUGACGAUGACAAUAGCGGUAACAACAGUAGGGGCAGAGGUCGGGAGGAGAGAGGUAUGAAGGAGAAAAAGGAUAAGGCAAAAAAGAACAACAAAGAUAAGAAUAAAGAUAGAGAUAAAUCGAAAAGUAAGGAUAAAGGUAAGGAAAAACACCCCCCCAGAAAUAAAGCAAAAGAGGAUGAAGUAGGUUAUGAUGUAGAGACUGGAAAAAAUAUGGAAGAAGUAGCACAUAAUAGUACAGAAGAGAUUAAAAGCAUACCAAAAACGAAGAAAACGAAAAAUAAAAAAGGGGAAUCAGCACAAGGGAAAAAAAGUGAACCAAUACAAAUUAAGAAAAGUGAGCAACAGAACCAAGGAAAAAAAAAUGAUCAAACCCAGUAUAAAAGAAACAACAAAAAAGAAGAAAUUUUUGGUAUGAAUACAAACAGCAGAUUAGAAGAAGAUAUAACUUUAAGAACGAAUAAGAAUAGUGUUAUGGAUAUAGACAAUAAUAUUGACAACAAAAAUAUGGAAACUUCACCCCUCCUCUUAGAGAAUUGUGAUUAUUACUAUAACAGUAACAGAAGUGAGCAUUUCAGAAGCGUUAAUAACGGCAGUAAUAGCAUUAACAAUAUUAGCGGCAUUAAUAAUAUUAGCGGCAUUAACAAUACUAGCGGCAUUAAUAAUAUUAGCGGCAUUAACAAUACUAGCGGCAUUAACAAUACUAGCGGCAUUAACAAUACUAGCGGUAAUAACAAUACUAGCGGUAAUAACAAUACUAGCGGUAAUAAUAGCAGUGUGAAAAGAACGGAAAUGUAUAUAAAGGGCAUGGAUUGUUACUACGGUGAUAAUAAUAGCUGUUACUUGAUGGAUCCAGAUGAAAGAAAGAAUUAUAAUUUUAAAAAAGAAUUGAAAAGUGAUACAAUGAAGGUGAAUUCUAUCAAUGGAAAUAACAACGGCAGUAGUGAUCCCAGUAGCGGAUACAGCAACAGCUACUGCGGCAGUGGCACUAACCUUAUGAACGAGCUUCUCUUAAAUAAGAGUUUUCCCAAAGUAUACGAAUCGAACGAGUACAAUUUUAAUGAGUUAAAAUAUAUGUAUGAUAAAUGUAACACCCAUUUUGAUGCCAACUCAUUGGCGGAAAAAUGGGAUGAUGACACAGAUAGUAAGUUUAUAAGCAAUAAAAAUAUGAAUAAGUACAAUGAUCAGAACGGUAAGGAUAGGGAAGCUGCCGUAAAAAGUAAUAAUAAUAGUAAUAAUAGUAAUAAUAGAAAUACUAAUAAUAGAAAUACUAAUAAUAGAAAUAGUAUUAACAGAAGUAGUAAUAACAGAAGUAGUAAUAACAGAAAUAGUAAUAAUAUUAGUAACUGCUGUAAUAGCAGCUGUAAUAGUGGAAGUAACAACAAUAACAACAAUAGCAAUAACAUAAUUCAUGGUAAACACAACAACAGCGUGCAUGCCAUUUUAAAUAGCAAAGAGAAUGCUACAAUUAAUGCCAAAAGAAGUGAAGAUAUGUAUUCGAGCAAUAGUGUGUAUGCGAAUAAUAAUAAUAAUAAUAAUAAUAAUAAUAUGAACAUUAAUAACAAUAAUAGUAAUAACAGUAGUAACAAUAAUAGUAAUAACAAUAGUAACAAUAAUAGUAAUAACAAUAGUAACAAUAACAGUAAUAACAAUAGUAACAAUAAUAGUAAUAACAAUAGUAACAUUACCAGUAACACUAACAGUAACGUGGGUAAGAAGUAUCAAGGUAUGAAAAAUUUUCAAAAUUAUAGCAAUAAAAUUAAUUUUAAUAAUACGGAGGGGGUAGACGCGAAUAUAAGUGGGAAAAUGAUUCAUUUUAGUAACUCCAGUGACAUAACUAAAAAUGCUAUGAACAGCAAUAAUAUAGGGAAAAAUAUAGGGAGUAAUUUCAGAGGCAAUAGGGGAAAUUUCGUAAAGAACGAUAUUGUCGUAAGCGAUCGAAGUUGCACCAACACGAUGAGUAAGAACGUUGUGAGCAACAUCAAUAUAAUAAGCAAUAACAUGAAUCACAUUGUGAGCUGUGAACAGAAGAACAGUAUUCCAAAUAACAAGGGCUAUGGGAAUAUAGAGAAUAUUAUAAAUAUUAGCAAUAUGUCGAAGAACGGCAAUAAACUGUUUAAUGGAAGUGAAAACAGCCUUAACGAUAAUAUGAGCUAUGUUAGCAAUAUUAACAACUCGAGCAAUAGUAAUAGCAAUGGUAAUACUACCACUGCUACUACAUUUUUGAAUAAUAAAUUAAGCACAAAUAUUAGUAAUAUUAGCAAUAUUGGAAAUAUUAGCAAUAUGGGGAAUAUUAGUAAUAUUAUAAAUAAUAAUACGAACACACACACCAUUAAUGAUAUAUUAAAUAGUCAGAACUAUAUGAACAAUCUUUUAUUAUAUGAUUCUGGAAAUGUUGUAUAUAAUGGGAAAGGACUCAGUAUGAAUAGUUUUCCUGGACAAAAUUUGGCCCAUUUUACUACCCAAAAUAUGGAUCAUUAUGAGAGCCAAAACAUGGACAAUUUUUCUAGUCAAAAUAUGAACAUUUUUUUUAACUCUAAUUCAGAUCAGUAUGCCAACCCUGAUGUGGACAAUUUGGCAAAUCCUAAUAUGGACAAUUUGGCAAAUCCUAAUAUGGACAAUUUCGCUAGUCAGAAUGUCGAAACAUAUGGUGAGCCCAAUAUGGAAAAUUUCUCGAAUGGUUACUUAAGCCCAGUUCCUGUGAAUGUCCUAAAUAAGGAUAUAAAAAAUCAUUUAGUUAAAAAUAGGAAUACAUCCACUCGAAAUAGUUUGAAGAAUCUUUCAAAUGAUAUGAACAGUACUUCUAAUAUAAUAAACAGCAUUUUGAAGAAAAAGAAUAAUAUGCUGCUCAGAAAUAUAAAUAAUACAUUGAAUAGUACUAAAGGAAACUCUCUGGAAAAUUAUGUAAACGAUAAGUAUAAAUUGUCUAGCAGCUUAAUGAAAAGCACAAAGAAGGAAAUUAUAACCUUAACGAGUGUUGGUGGUAUCAACAAUGGAAGCGAUCAUAAUAAUGGAAGUUGUAUCAACAGUGGAAGCGGUAAUAAUAAUGGAAGUUGUAUCAACAGUGGAAGCGGUAAUAAUAAUGGAAGUUGUAUCAACAGUGGAAGCGGUAAUAAUAAUGGAAGUUGUAUCAACAGUGGAAGCGGUAAUAAUAAUGAAGUUGUAUCAACAGUGGAAGCGGUAAUAAUAAUGGAAGUUGUAUCAACAGUGGAAGCGGUAAUAAUAAUGGAAGUUGUAUCAACAGUGGAAGCGGUAAUAAUAAUGAAAGUGGUAUCAACAGUGGAAGCGGUAAUAAUUAUGGAAGUGGUAACAACAACCUUGCUGCUGAAAAAGGGGGCAGGGAUAAAGGUAGCUCCGAAAAUAAAGGAAAUAUACAAGAAGAAAAUACACGCGGAGAAGGUAUGUCCAACGGGGAUGAUAAGGGUAAAAAUAAUAGCGCAUUUUGUCUACCGAAAGGAAAGAACGACACUAAAAAUGAAAAGAAAGGAUCUACUCAGGAAGGUGAAAAAAGUAGUUGGAAAUACUGUAAUGGGAAAUACGGUGGUGGGAAAUACGGUGAUGGGAAAUACGGUGAUGGGAAAUACGGGGGUCGAAAAAGCAGAACAAAUAGACGCUGCAAAUAAAAGCGAUAAGAAAGAAGUAGAGAUAGAAACAAACAGUGAGAAGAAAAAGAGUAAUAACUUUUUAGAAUCGAAUAAGAAAAAAAGAUACUUAGCAGAAAUUAUAAGAUGUGAACUAAUAUGGGGUCCAACAAAAAAUAAAGAGCCAAUUACUCCUGUAGAGAGUUGUGAAUUACAUCCAGUUGUUAUUAUAAAAGAUCAGUUUGGUCAUUUAUAUGAUGAUGAUGAAGAUAAUGAAAAUAAUCCAAUUGGAAAAACAGUAAAUAUAUUCUAUCGAUGGACAAGAGGACCUCCACGAACAGUAUGUUUUUUUCAUCCACAAAAAAUUGCAUGCUUACAAUGUACUGUUACCUUUCGAUGUUUUUGUUCAUAUGAAUGCUUUAUGAAAGGAUUUGAUCAUUUACAUAAAUAUUAUAGAAGUAAUGGUUCAUUUAGUAUACCAUCCCAUCCAAACUUACAUACGUAUGGCGUACCUUGUUCUCCUUUUGAUUGGGAAAAUUAUGAAAAAAAUAUAGAGUUUGAUGAAAAGCAUUAUAAUGCAUUAAUACAAUCCGGGUUAUUAAACGCCCCUGAUAAGGAAAAAUGGGAAAUUAUCAAUAACGAAAGGAAUUAUGUGCCUUGUACUAAGGAUGUAGGGCAUCAAAUAAUGCUAGAGACUAUGCUACUAGACAAAAAUAGUGUAUCAUCUGAAAGUGGAAAUGAUUCUGAUAAUGAGGAUGACAACGAGGAUGACAACGAGGAUGACAACGAGGAUGACAACGAGGAUGACAACGAAGAUGACAAUGAAGAUGAUCAUCUUGAACAUAAGAACAACAACGAUCGUAAGGACUAUAAGAGUAGCAAACUUGAUGCCAUUGCUCGUUGCAAAAGAAAAGAAUCAAAUGAACACAGCGAAUACAAUAUUUCUUCAGCAGAUGAGAAUAAUCUACAGAAAAAUCAGGAUAAAAUAAUACCGUCCAUUAGAUAUAUGGAUGUACAGCAAAGUGAACUAAGUCUUCUAAACUCAAUGUCCUUAAAUAGUUACAAUCAUAAUGAUUUUCAGUACAACAUGAACAUUCAGAAUAACACAUAUAUGUAUAGAUCAGGUCAUAACAACAACAUUGUUACCAACAACAGUUUAGCCAUUUUUAAUAAUAAUACCCUUAAUAGUGCCAACAUGCCUGAUAUGACCGGAGCGGCUGCUGCGGGUAUGUACAGCAUGUACGAUAUGGAUAGUAUUAGUGCUAAUAGCUGUUGUGUUAAUAGCGGCUGUGUCAAUAGUGGAUGCGCUAACAACAUUUUCGAUGAUAGUAAUAUCAUGAGCGGUAAUAACAAUUGUGAUAUUACUAACGUUGGAAGUUCGUGUUUGUCUAACAAGGAUGCAAAUUACGUAGGCUUAAAUAGUGGCACUUUUCAUCUGAACAGUGUUAUACAAAAUUGUAAUGGAGGUUACUUUUCUGAAAACACAAACACGGCAAAUAAUGAUAUCAAUUUUAAUACGAAUAACUGGAGUCAGAUGAAUGAAAAAAGGACCGACAACUUUGAUGUGGCAUGCGCUAGUUUAGAGGGUGCACCAAUGGAAAGCAAUGGGGUUGGAGAUGUGGAUAGCGAUGUGGUUGGCGAUGUGGUUGGAUGCACUAUUGGAUGUGGUGUUAGUAGUGAUGCCCUAACCAUGCCAAAUUAUCACAACAUGAACGACAAGUAUAUGUACCAUGUAAAUAUACCUGUGCAAUCGAUGUACAAUGAAGUAAGCACACAAAAUAGGGUCUUAAGUAAUAAUCCAUCAGGUACUUUACAUAUAACAGCAUCUAACAAUUUAAUUAGUCCUUUGAACACCCAGAGUAUGAAUGAUAUAAGAAAUGGUAGUGGCAAACAACACACGCUAAUAAAUGUUGAUCUUAAAGGAACAUUUAAUAAUAAUGCUACUAGUAGUAGUAGUAGUACCCCUGUGGCAAUAUGUAGUUUAAAUAAAAGUUGUCCAAGUAAUGUUCUAACCAAUAUAGGGGGAAAUGUAAAUAGUGGAGGCACUAAAGACACAAACGAAAUAAAACAGAGUACUAGUGCUGAUACAACAAAUAAUCAGAAUAUAGUAGAAAAGAAUAGUGUAACCAAAAAUAAGAAGAAGAACAACAACAAAAAAAAAAAAGAAAAAAAGAAAAAAAUAUAUGUGUUAGAUGACCAAGUAUGGAAUAGUGUAAAAGACCCAAGUAUAUAUCAUAAAAUUGUUACAGGAUGUUGUAUACCAAAUCUUACAGUUCUUCCAAAUUAUAAUAUUACUUGUUUUAAAAAUGCAAAUUUAACUAACCCUUACAAUCAGUUUACUAUUAUGACUUGGAAUGUAUUGGCAGAAAUAUAUGGAACCAUUGAGGCAUUCCCUCACUGUGAUCCGUACAUGUUAGCAUGGUCUUACAGGAAAACCAAAAUCAUUCAGGAAAUUUUGAACAAUAGCCCAGAUAUCGUCUGCUUGCAGGAAAUACAGAAUGAACAUUUCCUUGACUUUUUCAAGCCUUCAUUGGGUGAGUUUGGGUACGAAGGAGUCUACAAGCAAAAGACGAAGGAAAUAUUUACGUCCCCCUCAGGAAAAAGGAGGGGUGGCAAAUAUACCAUUGACGGAUGUGCAAUAUUUUAUAAUAAGAAAAAAUUAAAAUUUGUUGAAACAUAUGCUCUUGAAUUUAGCAAGCUUAUUAAAGAAGCUUCUGUGUUAACAUUACCAAAAGAAAUACAAAAAAAUCCAUCUUUAGUUAAAAAACUAUUGAAAGAUAAUGUGGCACUAGUAUUAUUAUUAGAAUACAUUCAGCACUACUCUAAAAUAUAUGAUAAUAAGGAAGAAGAGAAACAAAAUAAAAAAUUAAUCAUUGUUGCUAAUACACAUAUAGUUGCAAACCCAGAAGCUAAUUAUGUGAAGAUAUGGCAAGCACAAAUUUUAGUAAAAGUAAUAGAAUAUUUAAAAAUAAAUUUUAUUAAAAAGUAUGAAACUAUUCCAAGUUUAAUUAUAUGUGGGGAUUUUAAUAGUACACCAUCUAGUGCUGUCUAUCAACUUAUAUAUAAAAGGACAUGUAGUAGAAAUCAUGAAGAUUUUAGUUCAGACAGAUAUAGUUUAUUAACAGAUUUACCAUUAGGACAUAACCUAAAUCUUAAGUCUGCUUAUGCUAUUUCUAAAUUAUUAUCACAGAAACUGAAUCCAGAGGAAUAUAAUAACUUGGAAAUAUUUGAACCUUUGUUUACCAAUUAUACAGGAAAUUUUAUUGGUUGUUUAGAUUACAUUUUUUAUAAUGAUGAGAAUUUAAAUAUUAUAUCGACCGUAAAUAUAGCUGAUGAAAAUCAGCUUAUGCAAGAAGCUCAGAUAUACCAGCUUUCUAACUGUGCCUUACCCAGCCCAAUACGUCCUUCCGACCACUUGCCCCUAAUUGCAAAAUUUGAGUUUAAAAUAGUAUGA